AAUAAAUAAUCAAGAGCUUAUAUUAGAAUACGCAGUUUAUUAUAGAUAUUUUAAGCGGACGAUAAUUGAUGUAUACAUAAUGUUCGAUAUGACAAGUUUAAUUGGUUAAAAUCUGUUUGUAUCGCCCCAAUUUUUAUUAUGACGUGUCUGGUCAACGUGCCGCCAGGCGCAUGCGCAAUGCCACCUUACGUGGCAUCGGCAGCAGUUACUCUUGCAGAUGAGUGGAUGUUCUUCGUUUAAGUGUAAACAUUUGUGAAGAUAUUAAGUUUUGUUAUGAUUUAAAUGCGUUUAAUCACGUAAGUGGGCAUUUAGAAACUUAAAACAUACGAUAAUUCUCUCGUUCUACUGAUCGCUCGUAUUCGCAAGACGUAACUAACGUAACGUAUAGGUUAUAUCACAACGUGAGAAAUGUCUGGGCCAUCCAUUAAAGGACAGCAGUAUCCCCCCAUGCCAGGACCACCAAAUCCAGGACAUCAUUAUUCUGAACCUCCUAAUAUAAAUGCACCACCUUUAUCUGGCCAACCAAACAUGUUUCCACCACCAUUGCCGAAUCAACAAAAUUUUGUUAAAUCACCGCCUUCGAUGAUGGGACAGCAGAAUUUUUCUGGUUUGCAAUCUUCUGGAUAUCAAAUGCAAUCCAACAUUCAACCUCCGAUGACAAAUAUGUCUGGGCCACCCAAACAUCCUAUGUAUUCCGUUCCACCUACUAGCCAGGGACAAUUAUUAAAUUCUCUUGUACCAAAUCAGCUUCCGCAAUAUUCAAGUCCUAUAUCACAUAAUAAUCAAAAUAUAUCUAAUCCUUCAGCUUCUAUGCCACCCAGUAGUCAAAAUAUAAUGUCUAGUACGGUAACGUCAGUAUCACCUAGCAGUCAAAAUUCAAUGUCCAAUGCUUUGCCUCAUAUGCCACCUAGUGGCCAAAGCACAAUGUCUAAUCUUCCCGCAAAAAUGCCACCCAGUAGUCAAAGUGUUAUGUCAAAUACGGCAGCACAAAUGCCACCGAAUAAUCAAACCCCUAUGUCUAAUACUUUGGCUCAAAUGCCACCUGGUACUCAAAAUAUGAUUUCUAAUACCAUGGCACAAAUGCCACCUAAUAAUCAAAAUUUGAUAAAUGCUUCGGCUCAUAUGCCACCGAGUUCUCAAAACAUGUCUAACGCCACAGCUCAAAUGCCACCUAGUUCUCAGAACAUGAUGUCUAACGCUACGGCUCAAAUGCCACCUAGUUCUCAGAACAUGAUGUCUAAUGCUACGGCUCAAAUGCCGCCUAGUUCUCAGAACAUAAUGUCUAAUGCUGCUCCUCAAAUGCCACCUAGUUCACAAAAUUUCAUGUCUAAUUCUGGGGCUGAAAUGCAACCCAGAUCACAGAGCAUGAUGUCUAAUGCUACUCCUCAGAUGCCACCUACUUCGCAAAGUCUUAUGUCUAAUUCUGGGGUUGAAAUGCCACCUAGAUCACAGAGCAUGAUGUCUAAUACUAUGGCCCAAAUGCCACCAACUUCGCAAAACCUUAUGUCUAAUUCUGGGGCUGAAAUACAACCUAGAUCACAAAGCAUGAUGCCUAAUGUUGCAGGUCAAAUGCCACCCAGAUCGCAAAAUAUAUCUAAUACUUCGGCUCAUAUGCCACCUAGCUCGCAAAAUAUGAUGUCUAACCCUUUAAAUCGAAUGCCACUUAGCUCGCAAACUAUGUCUAAUACACCGGCUCAAAUGCCAUCUAGCUCACAGAAUAUGUCCAACACUAUGACUCAAAUGCCACCUAGCUCUCAAAACAAAAUCUCGGAACAAGCUUUCAUUACAAACCCACCUGUGUAUGAACAAAGUGGACAAAGUCAUGUACCUCCUUUAUCUGAUUAUCCUUUACCUCAACCGGGACGACAAUAUCCUUCUGCUCCUCCAAUGUCUGGACAAACUAUGACAAAUCCUGGUCUUAAUCGUGCAAUGCCUCCACCUAUGACAAAUUAUCAACAAGGAGGUUAUCCUCAACCAGGAUACCACAAUCAGACGGAUAUGUAUGUAAAUCAAAGAAGUCCUUAUCCAAGUGGUCCAAUGAGUUCUACAGAAAGUUAUCAGCCAGGUAUGCAACCUCAACAAGCCAGACGCCUGGAUCCUGAACAAAUGCCCAGUCCAAUACAAGUUAUACAAGAUGAUCAACGUACAAAAGGUGGUGUGUUUGUUACGAAUCAAAUAGGAUUAGUUCCACCAUUAGUAACUACCAAGUUUGUAACACAAGAUCAAGGAAAUGCAUCCCCUAGAUAUAUUAGAUCUACAAUGUAUACUGUUCCUACUACAGCAGAUAUUAUAAAACAAACUAGGGUUCCUUUUGCUUUAAUACUAAGUCCAAUGGCACGUGUUGAAGAAGGAGAAUACGAACCACCAGUUGUUGAUAUGGGAGAAAUUGGUCCAGUCCGUUGUAUACGUUGUAAAGCGUAUAUGAGUCCAUUUAUGCAGUUUAUUGACGCUGGACGUAGAUUUCAAUGCAUGUUUUGUAAAGCUACGACGGAAGUUCCAGCAGAAUAUUUUCAACAUUUGGAUCAUAGAGGUCAACGUAUGGAUCGUUAUGAAAGACCAGAAUUAAUGUUGGGAACGUACGAAUAUAUUGCUACAAAAGAAUAUUGCAGAAACAAUAUUUUUCCAAAACCACCAGCAAUGAUAUUUGUUAUCGAUGUUUCAUACAACACGAUCAAAUCUGGUUUAGUAAAUUUAUUAUGUGCGGAGAUGAAAUCCAUAAUAAAACAUUUACCAGUUGAUGUUGAUCAAACGAAGUCGAAUAUGAAAGUAGGUUUCGUAACGUACAACAACACAGUACACUUUUACAAUGUUAAUCCUUGUCUUACUCAACCACAAAUGAUGGUUGUGGGUGAUGUACAAGAUGUAUUUAUGCCUCUACUCGACGGAUUCUUAUGUGACAUCGAAGAAAGCGAGACAGUUAUCGAUAGUUUGAUGGCACAGAUACCAGCUAUGUUUGCAGAUACACGUGAAACAGAAACUAUUUUGGCUCCUGCCAUACGAGCUGGACUUGAAGCAUUAAAGGCUUCAGAAUGCGCAGGAAAGUUAAUAGUAUUUCAUUCGUCUUUACCUAUUGCCGAAGCUCCAGGCAAAUUGAAAAAUCGUGACGAUCGCAAGUUACUUGGUACUGAUAAAGAAAAAUCAGUAUUAGCUCCGCAAAAUAACGUUUAUAACAAUUUAGGACAAGAAUGUGUCGAUGUUGGAUGUAGCGUCGAUCUUUUCGUUUUUAAUAAUUCGUACGUGGAUAUUGCAACUAUAAGUCAAAUAUGUCGGCUUACUGGAGGUGAAGUUUAUAAAUAUACAUACUUUCAAGCUGAUGUUGAUGGUGACAGAUUGGUAUCCGAUGUUAUUACUAAUGUCAGUAGACCAAUUGCUUUCGAUGCACGUAUGCGUUUACGUACCUCUACGGGUGUUAGAGCAACAGAUUUCUAUGGACAUUUCUUUAUGUCAAAUACCACCGAAAUGGAGUUGGCUAGUAUAGAUUGUAAUAAGGCUGUUGCUGUUGAGAUUAAACACGACGAUAAAUUGACGGAAGAUGAAGGUGUAUAUAUACAAGCUGCUUUAUUAUAUACUUCUUGCGGAGGUGUUAGGCGAUUACGUAUUUUAAAUCUCAGUUUGAAGACUUCUUCGCAAAUGGCCGAGUUAUAUCGUACUUGCGAUUUAGAUGCUAUUGUUAAUUAUUUCUCCAAAGAAAGUGUGUUUAAAGUAAUUGAAUCAACGCCAAGAGCCGUCAAAGAUAACUUAAUCGCAAGAUGUGCGAACAUGCUUGCGGCGUAUAGGAAAAAUUGUGCUUCUGCGUCCAACGCCGGUCAAUUGAUAUUACCGGAAUGUAUGAAGUUACUUCCAUUAUAUGUUAAUUGCAUAUUGAAAAGCGAUGCAGUUACUGGUGGCUCGGAUAUGACAAUAGAUGAUAGAUCAUUUGUUAUGCAAGCGGUUGCUACAAUGCCUAUUUCGAUAUCCGUUGUUUACAUGUAUCCUAGAUUACUUCCUCUGCAUGAUGUUGAUCCAGAUAGCACAGAUUUACCUCAGAUGUUACGUUGUUCUAUCGACAAAUUUACGGAGGAUGGAGCUUAUUUACUUGAAAACAGUGUGCAUAUGUUCUUGUGGUUAGGUGUAGCACUUUCUCCGCAAUGGGUAAAAGCAGUCUUCGAUGUACCUUCGGUAAUUAAGAUCGAUACUGAUCGCAAUACACUGCCAGUAUUGGAUAAUUCAUUAAAUAAAAGAAUAAGAGAAAUUAUUGAUCAAAUACGAAUCGAGAGACACCGUUGCAUGAGGUUAACGAUAGUAAGACAGAGGGAAAAGUUGGAGAUGGUGUUACGUCAUUUCUUAAUAGAGGACAGAGGAAACGAUGGUAGUCCAAGUUACGUUGAUUUCCUUUGCCAUAUGCACAAAGAAAUACGAGAGAUUCUUAAACCAUAAAUUGAUUUGAAAAAAUGGAUUGUAUAUGUUUUAUUUGAAAACUUAUAUAGUUCCGCGUCCAGCUGUGAUUCUUGUCAUAAUAUAUUUUUUGUGCCAAGGAUCGGUCACGAAAUAACCAUGGGAUUUGAUGAAGAAUUUAGUGAGAAACGUGGUAUUCUAUGGGUGCAAUCGUGUGUGUUAUAAAGAAAGAAAGAAAAAAAAAGUGCAAAGUGAAAAAUUCAUCAUAUUAUAUAUAUAUAUAUAUAUAUAUAUAUAUAUAUAUAUAUAUUUAUAUAUAUACAUAUACCUAUAAUACAUAUUGGGAAGAGAGCAGAUGGACUUAUAUAUAUAAAUAUUAAAAAAAAAAAAAAACAAAAAAACAAAAAGAAAAAAAAAAGAAGAAGCAAACAAACAAACAAACAAACAUAACUAAUCAUUCCGCAUCAAAAGCCAGAUAUUUGCGUGACGUAAAAGAGGGGCACAGACACGCUCAUAUUCACACAGUGAUUUAUACAUGAGAGUAACUGUAAACCUAAAACUUGUAUUAUUAUCGCGAUAUUAAUCUUUUAUUUUAUCUAGCUCAUUAUUAUAUAUCGUUAUUAAUACACUAAAUUAAAUAUUAAAAUGUAUUAAAUCAUUAUAAAUUUAUAUUGAAAUCACAAUAUUGAUUUUUGUGCUCUUAAUUAAAUAAUGACGUGUAUGAGAAACACGUUCGUUAAGAGGUAAGAGAUUGAUUUUAAUACGAAAUUGAUAUUUUUUAGAAAUGAAAGAAAAUUCAUCUUUUUUCA